CACCCGUCCCCAUUGCACAGAGGCGCACGUCCCCACUCCACCCACCCCUCUCGCCAGCGAAUGGUCGCUUCCAACCGGGUGGCCAUGUUUGCCGCUUAUAAUCGCGAGCGCAGGCGAAGCCAGAGGCUGCUUUUCAUGCGAGCGGGGAGGGCGCUCGGGAGGAGGGGCAGUGGCAGCAGCAGCAGCCGCCGCGUCAGGCGCCGGGGAAGAAGGCGAGCAGCAGCAGCAGCGGCCGGAGCCUCGUCGUCGUCGCCCUCGCCCCCCUCAGCAGCAGCAUGGCCGUGGCGGUGGGGAGACCCUCGAACGAUGAUCUCCGAAACCUGUCCCUCUCGGGCCACGUCGGUUUUGACAGCCUCCCUGAUCAGCUGGUCAAUAAGUCAACCUCGCAGGGUUUCUGCUUCAACAUCCUUUGUGUUGGGGAAACGGGCAUUGGCAAAUCGACGCUCAUGGACACCCUGUUCAACACAAAGUUUGAAAGUGACCCAGCCACUCACAACGAGCCUGGCGUGCGGUUGAAAGCAAGGAGUUACGAACUUCAGGAGAGCAACGUCCGCCUGAAGCUGACGAUCGUUGACACGGUGGGAUUUGGAGACCAGAUCAACAAAGAUGACAGCUACAAGCCCAUUGUGGAAUACAUAGACGCCCAGUUUGAAGCCUACCUGCAGGAGGAACUGAAGAUCAAGCGCUCCCUCUUUAAUUACCACGACACCAGGAUUCACGCUUGCUUAUACUUCAUCGCACCUACCGGUCACUCGCUGAAAUCUCUUGAUCUGGUCACCAUGAAGAAGCUCGACAGUAAGGUGAACAUCAUCCCCAUAAUCGCCAAAGCUGACACCAUUGCGAAAAACGAGCUGCAUAAAUUCAAGAGCAAAAUCAUGAGCGAGCUGGUCAGCAACGGAGUCCAGAUCUACCAGUUCCCCACGGAUGAAGAGACAGUGGCCGAGAUUAAUGCCACAAUGAGUGAAAAUAUGUCUGGCAAAGCAACUGAAGGCUCCCAUGGUCUUCCUCUGCCUCUUGCCUUGCAGGUCCACCUCCCGUUUGCUGUGGUUGGCAGCACCGAAGAAGUGAAAAUUGGCAAUAAGAUGGCCAAGGCCAGGCAAUACCCAUGGGGAGUCGUGCAAGUUGAAAAUGAAAACCACUGUGACUUUGUGAAGCUGCGUGAAAUGCUCAUAAGAGUGAACAUGGAGGACUUGAGGGAACAGACUCACAGCCGACAUUACGAGCUCUAUCGCCGCUGCAAGCUGGAAGAGAUGGGGUUCAAAGACACAGACCCUGACAGCAAACCAUUCAGUCUGCAAGAGACUUAUGAAGCCAAGAGGAAUGAGUUCCUGGGUGAGCUCCAGAAAAAGGAGGAGGAAAUGAGGCAAAUGUUCGUCAUGCGGGUAAAGGAAAAAGAAGCCGAGUUGAAAGAAGCAGAAAAGGAUCUUCACGAGAAGUUUGACCACCUAAAGCGGACUCACCAGGAAGAGAAGAAGAAAGUGGACGACAAGAAGAAGGAGCUCGAGGAGGAGCUGGGCAAUUUCCAGAAGAAGAAAGCAGCAGCCCAGUUGCUCCAGUCACAAGGGCAGCAGGCUGGCUCUCAGCAAACCAAGAAAGACAAGGACAAGAAAAACUUCUUCUUUAUGUAGCUGUCAGUCACCUUGCCAAGGUCCACUUCCCUCUCUCCUAAUGGACAGUAGCGCAUUAGAGGAGCCAGCAUGGCGUAUUGCCAGACACGCUCAUUGGGAGACAAGUUACCUCAUUCUUCCACCACCUCUGCCUUUCUGUCUUUUUCGAAAACUGUGACUCACCGCGGUGUGCGUGUGCGUGUGUGUCUGUGCGUAUGUGUGCGUCUCUUUCCCGAGUUGUCCGUCCACUCGCCGCUGGCGACCGAUCUUGACUUUUCACACUGCCCAGACUGAGAGACACAAAAGGUGGCAGAGAAAACUUGGGUGGCACCCAAGACAUUGCACUGGGAAUUUUCUUCUUCCUUUCCUUUUGAUACAACGGGCACCUGCCGCUCGACACGAGAACAAGGAAAUUGUGGACUGCAAAAGAGUGUGUGUGUGUGUUUGCAUGAAAGAGGGAAAGGGGUGUGUGUGUGUGUGUGUGUGUAAAAGCCAGAGAUGGUUGCUCAAGCGUUAAAACCCUACGCAGCUCUAGCACUAAAUUUAAUUCUCUCCAAGAGACACCGCAAAAAAUGGUUGCUCUGAAAGCCAUAUGAACUCUCAAGGGUUCCCAGUAUUUGUCUUCAUAACCCUCGCUAAAUUGAGGGUGGGGGAAGUAACGACGACACCGGUUUGGACAUACCCGAACUUAAGGAAGGAGCCAUCCAUGUUUCAGAUUGCAACCUGCUUUUAAUCAGGUUUCAUUUGUGUAGGUUGUCCCACAGAAACUCAGGCUUGGCCCUGCAGGUACACUUGGCAGGAUGCAGUCACCAAUCCCGACUCUUUUUGCGUGUGAUGCUCAUAUUUAUCUCGUUCACGCAUUGUAUUCUCAGGUGUAUGCUUGAUUAUUAUUUCUCAAGAAUAUACUUAAAAUGCAAUGGGUGAAAGUGGUCUGAGAAGAAAAAUUCCCGUUUUUACUUUCUUUCUUUCCCUCAUCUGGGGUGUAAGGGCUGAUAUCUUGGAUUUUCAAACUGGCCCACCUUUAAGAAAUGAAGACAAUUGUCCCAGUUCAAGAGACCAGCAGCCUAGACACUUGUAGGUCUCAACACUUCUGGUUUCGAUUCAGAGGAGCACUGAACUGCCAUUGAGUCUCAUGGUCUGCUCUGUGAAGGCUGUUGCUGAACUGGAAUGGGAUGGGACGAAACUCUGGGCACUAUUCUCUGAUCACCACCAAAGCCACAUGAGACCAAGGACAUGAGCACAAUGGCUUCGGUAUUAGGUGCAAAAUUCAGCAGCCUGGGGCACUUUGGAAAGAGAAGAAAUUAAGAAGAUUUCUUGUCCUCCUAGCUGCAACUAGGUUAGGGUUGAAAGCAUAUGUAAAAUCUCUAAAGACAUAGGGGUGUUAAGGAGAGUUUGCACUUCCAAGUGACUAGCAAAGAGGGAAUAUGGUAACUUGCACCAAUCGCAGGAUUUUUGAUUUCUGCAGUGCAGCCCAUAUUGAAGUCCACAGUACACAAAGCUCUGCUUAAGUCACAUGUAAAUUAGAGCAGGGUUUCCCAGUCUUGGGUCUCCAUCUGUUUUGGGACUACAACUCCCAUCAUCCCUAGCUAGCAGGACCAGUGGUCAGAGGUGAUGGGAAUUGUAGUCCAAAAACAGAUGGAGACCUAAGAUUGGGAAACCCUGAAUUAGAGUUUCAACGAUAAAUCAAUUCCAGCGGGGUGUAGCAAUUAAAAAUGUGCCCCCUUGUUGAGUGGGCACUUUGUCCCUGAGUCAUGUUUGAGAAGGUUCAGUGGCAUGCAGCAAAAAGUCCCACAAAAUCAAAACGUGUAAGGUGAUAGCAACAUACAGAAACAAUAUAAGGGACUGCUCUUCUGCUUUGUGCAACUGACAGGCGGCACUGAUGGGGUUAUCCCUCCAGGAAGUCUUUAUAUACCAACACCAAAACCUUAAAGUUGACCAGGUAGCAUGUCACCUUGA